AUGUCUGGAUCGUCUGAACCACCCAAGUACACCAAAACGCCCCUUCACGUCAUCCAAAAACGAAUUGCAAAACUAAAGCAGAACUCGGACAUCUUUGACGUUCAAGUCUCUACUCCACUUCAAAUUCGUGAGCUUGAAUUGGAUAGUGAAGGGAACAGAAUAGAGGGAGGAUUAGAAGCUUCAACCACUUCAUCUGAUCAAUCACCACCACAUACACCACAUUCACCACAUCAAGAACCACCCAACGCCCCACUACCUUUGCUUUUACCACCACCACCACCAAUGGCUCUCACCAUAAGGCAACUCUCUACAUCUGUCAUCCCACUUGGGGGAGUACCGACUGGCAUAACCUACCCUGCUGCAGCUGAGGGAUUAACAGCUGAUUUCGAGUUGAAGUCUGGGUUGCUUCAUCGUCUUCCUACAUUCCAUGGACUCCCUAUGGAAGAUCCCAACAACCACUUGAUGGAAUUUCAGUUCAUCUGUACUAGCAUGAAGCCUCAAGGAGCUGAUGAGCAUAUUUUGAAGUUGAAGGCCUUCCCAUUUUCGUUAGCUGACAAGGCAAAGCAAUGGCUCUACGAGUUGCCUAGUGGACGAAUUACAUCUUGGGGAGACAUGAUGAAGGCGUUUCUUGAGAAGUACUUUCCUACAUCUCGCAUCAUCAUGUUAAGGAAGAAGAUAAGUGGCAUCCAACAAGGGCAAGAUGAGUCCUACGCAGAUUACUAUGAGAGGUUCAAGUCUCUCACCACUCAAUGCCCUCAACAUGGCUUGAAGACUGAGACCUUGCUCACUUGUUUUUAUGAUGGGCUCACAAGCUUGGAACGAGACAUGCUUGAUGCAGCUUCUGGUGGAUCGUUUGUUGACAAGGAGCCUGCAGCUGGAAUGAUCCUUAUUGAGAAUAGGGCCUUGAAUCAACAACAAUAUGGGAACUCUAGGUCCAAAAUCACCACCACAAAUCGUGAAAAGGUCCAUGAGGUAAGUACUUUAGCUCAAUUGGAAGAGAAAAUUAACAAACUUACUUCUCUUGUGUCUCAGGGAGCACAAGGACAAGUCAUGGUGUGUGGAGUAUGUUCUAUGCAAGGGCAUGUGUCUGACCAAUGCCCUCAACUCAUGGAAAGUGGAGGACAAGAAGGUGUCAACGCCAUAGGUUUUCAACAAGGGUUCCAACGUCCUAGGAAUGAUCCAUUCUCGAAUACUUACAAUCCUGGAUGGAGGGACCACCCUAAUUUCCGUUGGAAGGACAAUGAGAAUGUUCAAAAUGCACCUCAAGGGUUCCAACCACGUCCUCAAGGCUUUUAUCAAAAGCCUCAACCUCCUAACCCUACUCCUUUUAAUUCGAAUUUUAAUUCAAAUGCUUCUUCUUCUUCUAAUGAUGAAUUGAUCCGAACUCUAACUAAAUCUACUCAAGCUCUGAUUGCAGGUCAAACUCAUCAUGGGAAUCAAAUCAAUGCUAUAUCUACGGAUGUCAAUGAGAUGAAGAAGCAAAUGAGUCAAGUUGUGGAGUUUAUGGGUAAGUUUCAUGAGCAAGGAAAGCUACCAAGUGGUACCAUCCCAAAUCCUCACUUUGAGCAAGCCAAAGUCGUCACUACAAGGAGUGGUAAGACCCUUGUAGACCUCCCUAAGCCUCCCAAGAAGAUCUCAACGUCAAUAUUAGAAGAGGAGGAGGACCCUGCAACGUCAAAGGCUCAAAUGACGUCUCCACCUUCCAAUGCAAAACCGAAUAUUCAAGGACAUAUUUCUAACUCUUUCAAUUCAAUUAUUGCUAAUCCAUCUUCUUCUCCUUUGCCCUUCCCAAGCAGAUAUGCUAAGUCCAAGAAGGAUGAGGCCGAAAAGGCCAUCUUAGAAACCUUUAAAAAGGUGCAAAUCAACAUCCCUCUCCUUGAGGCCAUCAAGCAAAUUCCUAAGUAUGCCAAAUUCUUGAAGUAA